AUGGCUUCUUCUUCGGCUUCAUCCAUUCCCAAGACCAGCUUCAAGUAUGAUGUAUUUUUGAGUUUUAGAGGUGAAGAUACUCGUAAGAGCUUCGUCGAUCAUCUUUAUGAGGCUCUUAAGAAAGAAAGCAUUGAAACUUACAAGGAUGACAAGAACCUUGAGAAAGGGAAAAAGAUCUGUAAGGAGCUCAUUCAAGCCAUUGAAGAAUCAAGAUUCCAUGUCAUUGUUUUCUCCAAGAACUACGCGUCUUCGUCUUGGUGCUUGGACGAACUUGUCGUGAUUAUGGAGUGCCAAAAGAAGCAUACUAAGCAGACCCUUUACCCCAUCUUCUAUGAUGUGGAACCCACUGAAGUCCGUAAACAAAAUGGGGCAUUUGGAGAAGCCUUUGCCAAAUGUAAAAAAGAAGAUUAUGAAGGGAAAUGGAGAAAGGCUCUAGAAGAUGCAACAUCAUUCAGUGGGAGGGACUUGAGGACCACCGCAAAUGGGCAUGAAGUUGAAUUUAUCAAACUAGUUGUUAAGGAUAUAUCAUCGAAGUUACCCGUCGUCAGCGCUGUUGGCAAUUUAAUAGGCAUGAGGACUCAGAUAAAUGGUGUGGUUUCAUCUUUGAACGCAUUUCCUGAUGAGUUAAGCAUGAUAGGAAUUGCAGGGAUGGGAGGUUUGAAAUCGUUGCAACAACAAGUCCUUAGAGAUGUGCUGAAAAAGCAAGACAUAUUUGUAAAUGGUGUUCUUGAAGGGAAAAAGGAGAUGAAAAAGAAGAUGUAUGGUAUAAAGGUUCUUGUUGUUCUAGAUGACGUAGAUGAUGUAGAGCAGCUCAAGGCGUUAGCCGGUGAACCUAAUUGGUUUAAGCCGAGAAAUAAGGAAGCAAUUUGCCUCUUGAGUAGGUAUGCAUUUGGGAAAGAGAGUCCAAAUCCAGGAUAUGAAGAGCUAUCAAGAGACGUU